AUGGACCUCUUUGAGGCUGAGAGCCCCACUGACCACACACCUGUGUAUAUAUUUUCGGUGUCUCUGCUCCUUUGGUGUUCAAAGGUCAUCGCAGAUUCUUCCAUUGGCUCUGGAAUGUGGUUGUGCCAACCAGCGCCAAAGUGUGGAGACCAGAUCUACAACCCUUGGGAGCAGUGUUGUGAUAACGACACCAUCCUACCUCUGAACAGAACUCGGCAGUGUGGUCCUAACUGCACCUUCUGGCCCUGCUUUGAGCUAUGCUGCCCGGAGUCUUUUGGCCACCAUGGAGCAUUGACUGUGAAGUUAAAGGUUCUAGGAGUGAAGUCGCAGUGCAUUUCUUCCCCUAUCUCCCGCGUCUGUAGCAGGUAA